AUGGCGUCAGAGGUGACAGCGGAACAGAUGCAGCAGAAGAUUCAAGCUGCCCGGCGGGAGGCCGAGGGGCUCAAGGACCGCAUCAAGCGCAAGAAGGAUGAGCUGGCGGAUACAAGCCUCCGUCAGGUCGCCAUGGAGAACACCGAUAGCUUGCCACGCAUUGGCAUGAAGGUCCGCCGCACAUUGAAGGGCCACCUGGCCAAGAUCUAUGCCAUGCAUUGGUCUACGGAUAGGCGCCAUCUUGUUUCGGCCUCUCAGGAUGGCAAGCUCAUUAUCUGGGAUGCCUACACCACGAAUAAGGUCCACGCUAUUCCUCUACGAUCCUCCUGGGUCAUGACUUGCGCCUACGCUCCGAGUGGAAACUACGUGGCCUGCGGUGGUCUCGACAACAUUUGCUCCGUCUACAACCUCUCAUCUCGCGAAGGCCCGACUCGUGUCGCGCGUGAGCUUUCCGGCCACUCUGGAUACCUCUCCUGCUGUCGAUUCAUCAACGACCGCCGCAUCCUGACUUCCUCGGGCGAUAUGACCUGUAUGCUGUGGGAUGUCGAGACGGGUAGCAAGGUGACCGAAUUUGCCGACCACCUCGGCGAUGUCAUGAGCAUCAGCAUCAACCCCACGAAUCAGAACAUUUUCGUUUCGGGUGCCUGCGAUUCCUUUGCCAAGCUGUGGGAUAUUCGUACCGGCAAGGCGAUCCAGACUUUUGCUGGCCACGAGUCGGAUAUCAACGCCAUUCAAUUCUUCCCAGACGGAAACGCGUUCGGCACCGGAUCCGAUGAUGCCUCCUGCAGAUUAUUCGACAUCCGUGCAGACCGGGAACUGAACAACUACUCGAAUGACCAAGUCCUCUGCGGUAUCACCUCCGUCGCCUUCUCAGUCUCUGGUCGUCUGUUGUUUGCUGGUUAUGAUGACUUUGAAUGCAAGGUUUGGGACGUUCUUCGAGGCGAGAAGGUUGGCUCCUUGACGGGCCACGACAACCGCGUCAGCUGUUUAGGUGUUAGCAAUGACGGUAUAAGCCUGUGCACUGGAUCAUGGGAUUCAAUGCUUAAAAUCUGGGCUUGGUAA